UUAUUUCAAGUUUUUAGCAGUAUCGAUUGUCGCAGUGUUAAUACAUGAUGAUAAAUUUACAGUAGGAGGACCCGCGCGGUGUGUCACGUGAUACGUCGCAUCGUGUCUGUGAAAGUGUUUUAGUGGUGAAAUGGGUGAAUUGACGUUGUGUUGUGAGCCGCCGAGCGCCGCCUACAGGCGUGAUUGAUCGGCGCCGCUGCUUCAAUCUCACAGUCAGGCGCGUCCCCGCUGAACUGAACACACGGGCGAAACUGAAGAUGACUUCCGGCCAGAUCCGCUCCACGCGCCGCUUGCGAUCCUGGAUGGUCGAACAGGUGAACAGUGGGAAGUAUCGUGGUCUGGAAUGGGACGAUCCUGAAAAGACAAUGUUCCGUAUUCCCUGGAAACACGCAGGAAAACAAGACUUCAGGAGUGAAGAAGAUGCUGCUAUCUUCAAGGCUUGGGCUGAGUUUAAAGGGAAGCUUCUGGAGAAUGGAAGUUGUGACCCUGCGUCGUGGAAAACUCGACUUCGAUGCGCUCUUAACAAAAGUCCAGAGUUCUGUGAGGUCACUGAGAGGUCACAGCUGGACAUCUCUGAACCAUAUAAGGUUUAUCGCCUCAUACCAUUGGAAGAACAGGGAGUUGUGACCGUAAAAAAAGAGAAUGGGCGUAGGGCAGUGAAGAGCAGCAGCAGGAGAAGACGCAACCAAUCAGAGCCUGAGGAACAGAUCACAUGCAAAAAGAUUAAAGAGGAGGUGACUACACCUCAGUCAAUCAGCACGGCUGAACAUGAACUGUCCGUCCCAAACCCAGCACAUGAGAUCACACUGCACGCUGAGCUGGACACCAAACCGUCAGAGAGUGACGACAAUGGUGAUAUUCAGUUAAACUUCACUAUUGAAGCAGUUCCUCUGUCAGGAGACAGCAGAGCGCUUCAUUCAUUCUCUGUGAGCGUGCACUACAUUGGUCAGGAGGUUUUGCGGCGAGAGAUUGUGGGUAAUGACAUUCGGAUCGCCUACCUGCCCCCCUCACCCGUUCCCCCCUCCCAACCGUCUCUGAACGGCACGGGUUUUCCUCGGAUCCCUCUCCCGGACCCCCCCUCAGAUAUGACCUCUGACCCCAGCCUCGCCCCACGUUUGCACGCCCUUUCCAAACUGCUGCCCUUCAUGGAGCGAGGGGUGGUGCUCGCAUCAAUGGGGGGAGGCAUUUACGCCAAACGCUUCUGUCAGGGUCGAGUGUUUUGGAGAGGACCUCAUGAUCUCACGACGGGACCCUGUAAGAUGGAGCGAGCGAGCGAGCCCACCAUGCUGUUCAACAAAGACCUGUUUAAACAGCAGUUGGACUCUUACCGCAGCGGAGGAGAUCCACCACAGACAGACAUCACAUUGUGUUUUGGAGAAGAGCUGAUGGAUGGAGAUGAUCUGUCUGACAAACACAUCAUCAUUAAGAUCAGUCUUCCAUGGGCCCAGUCUCAGAUACAAGAGGUCCAGACGUUCAGAGACUCCAUUGCCAUUCUCAAAAGCUUGGCCAGCCAAUCACCUACAGGAGAAGUUACACUCAACUUUGUUGAUGUGUCAGAGCAACAAAUAACAAGCCCUUAAAAUAACACUGACUGAAAAAAAUACUAAAAAAACAAAACUGUGGAUACCAAUCAUGUUUAGGUAAGCAGUAGAUAUUUAGUGGAAAUAAAUGUCACACUGUAAUCAUCAACAUUAACAUCUCAAUACUUCUGUAGUUCUUUCACCAUCUGUAAUAGCAUCAGAUCAGCCGCUGCUGUGCUUUGUGUCAGUAAGACCGCUUGACUUAUUGAAAUAGUUCAGUCAAUUAUCAUCACAUUCUCUCAUAAUAUGCAUUAAACACAAACCACGGUUAACUAGAGUUUAGACAGCCAUGUUUAUAUAAUCAAUAUAUAUUAUGUACCUAGAUAACGCUAAUAUUAUAGUUAAAUCAUAUUUAAUUCAUGUUUUUUGUCUGUAAGAUGCAUUAAUAAAUGGAAAUCAGCUCAAAUG